AUGUCGUUCGUUGGCCGGUGUGCACGCAUGCUUGCUUCACCAAUAGUCAACGCAGCCCUUGCGUACAACAGAACUGCAAAGGCUCACCCUGUGGCCACCGGCGUCAUCACCAGUGGAUUGAAAACAAGUGCAGCCGACCUUUUUGCUCAGAAAGUGAUCGAGGGAAAGGAGGAGGUGGACUGGAAGCGGCACUCAGUAUUCUGCCUGUUUGGAUUUGCCUACUUGGGGGGCUUCCAAUAUUGGUUGUACAAUGUCAAGUUUGUGCAAAUCUGCGAGCCCCUCAGAAGAGUGGUGGGACACAUUGGUGUGAGCCCUGUCAAGGUGUUCCUGGAUCAAUGCUUACACCAUCCGUUCGUUUACUUUCCCGUCUUCUACUCGAUCAAGGCGACGGUGGAGGGCGAAACGCUGGGCUAUGCCUUCAACAAAUACAGGACUGAGCUCUGGGACAGCGUCAAAGCCCUGUGGUCCAUUUGGAUGCCAGCACAGCUCGUCAACUUCGCUUUUGUGCCCCGUCACCUGAGGGUGCCGUAUGUCGCUGGCGUUUCCUUCAUCUGGACCGUCGUCCUGAGCGUGAUGCAAGGCAAGUAUGACGCUCUGAAGGAGGAACGGGAGGAAGGGCUUAAGGACCACGCGAUCGAGACGAUUGUGGUGCAUGGCAAAGGGAGGGGUGUCGAGCUUCACGAGAGGGCACCUGCGGUGAUAGCCAGGGUGGCUGAGGGCCCCACCGUGGUGAACAAAUCUGAGAAGGUCUGA